UUUUAGUUCCACUUGGCCUUCAAAGCUACCGCCGAUCUCAUCAACAACAACAACCGCGUCAUCAUCAUGGUCGAUCCUUCUCACGCUUUCCACAUCGCCGACUACGGCGUCUUCGCAGCCACCAUCGUCAUCUCCAUCGUCAUCGGCAUUUUCUACGCCGUGUCAGGGGGUCGUCAGCGCACGACGACAGAGUACCUGGUGGGCGGCCGCACCAUGCAGUUCAUCCCCGUCGCCAUCUCGCUGAUGGUGUCGUUCGAGUCGUCCAUCAUGAUGCUGGGGUUGCCGGCGGAGAUGUACGUGUAUGGCGUGCAGUGGUGGAUCAGCUGCGUUGGCUUCAUGAUCUCCCAGAUCCUCUCCGUCAUCAUCAUGGUCCCCCUGCUGCACCCGCUGAAGAUCACCAGCGCUUACGAAUAUUUACAUCUACGGUUCAACUCCACCGCCGUCCGCCUUCUAGGAACAUUCCUGGGAAUGCUGACUUAUACUUGGUAUAUGGGCAUCGUCCUCUUUGGUCCUGCUAUUGCACUGGAAGCAGUCACUGGCUUUCCGCAGUGGAGCUCUAUCUUCGUCAUCGCACUCGUUGCUGUCAUCUACACAUCCAUUGGUGGACUGAAGGCCGUCAUCUGGACGGACGUGUUUCAGUGUUUCGUGAUGUACGCCGGUAUGAUCUCAAUCCUGGUCAAGGGUACCAUUGACGUUGGAGGGACCGCGAAGGUGUGGGACAUCGCGCGAGAGGGAGGACGUCUGCAGUUCUUCAACUUUGAUCCUAAUCCCACGACCCGCCACACAUUCUGGAACCUCUUUCUGGGCGCCAAUCGAGGCUUCGGCCUCGCUUUCAACCAGUCCACAGUUCAGAGAGUCAGCGCCACCAAGAGUCUCCGAGAAGCAAAGACUAUGGUCAACGUCACCAUCCCUUUCUUCUUCCUGACUCUCACCAUGGCGUGUUACGAGGGGAUCAUUUCUUACUCUUACUACCACGUCAAAGGGUGUGACCCGCUGGGAUCAAAGAAGAUCACGAAUCCCAAUCAGAUCAUUCCUUUCACGGUGAUGGACAUCUUCCAGAAUCUUCCAGGAAUGCCAGGACUUUUCCUUGCAUCUCUCUUCAGCGCUUCUUUGAGCACCUUGUCGUCAGGACUAAGCAGUCUGUCUGCACUGCUGUGGGCUGACAUUCUCAAACCUCGUGUUGGAAACAUUUCGGAUUUGAAAGCGACAAUCAUCGCCAAAGUUAGCGUCGUCGUCUUCGGCCUCCUGUCGUGCGGUGUUGCUCUCCUUGUGUCGCUCAUCGGGGGUCCUCUCACGCAGAUUGCCGGCAGUUUGCUGUCCGCCUUUGGCGGUCCUCUGACCGGCCUGUUUAUGCUCGGCUGUUUCUGUCCGUGGGCCAACGCCAAGGGUGCUUUCAUCGGCGGCCUCCUCGCCCUCAUCUUCUCGUCGUGGCUGUCUCUGGGAAUGAAUUUCACUAAAAGCAUCAAAGCUGCGCCCUGGCUGCCGCCGGCGUCUAUGGAAUAUUGCUACGUCAACUCCACCAGCAACGCCGCCAACUUCUCAGCCUUCGCCGAGGGGGGGCCAUGGACCAGUCGCUAUAAUCUCAGCUUGCAUGGCGGCGUCGAAUUUAGCCAACUGAACUCUUACUUCACUGACUCCAUUUCAACGACAGUGGCGACUGAUGCAAUCCUCCCUGGCCCGCAAGGGAUAGAGAAAAUGUACACCGUGUCUUACAUGUGGCUGGCUCCGAUUGGUAUCUUCUUCACCAUCAUAGCAGGCAGCAUCGUCAGCUUCGUCACGGGAGGCAACAAACCAGGAGAGGUUCACCCUCGCUACUUGAUGUCCUUCUUUGACCACCUGUUCUGCUACCUGCCGGAGUCGGUCCGUAAGCACCUGAGGUGUGGUGAGGACUACACCACCGCCGAUAUGACUGAUUACCAGCCGCCAACAAAAGUCAUCAUUAUGGACACGGAGAUCAUCAUCACCCCGGACAAAAACGACGAUAAGGCAAACGAGAAAGAAACGAUGCUUUCAGGCGGCGGUCUUGACCCAGCAGAUGACAUCGGGGACAACUCCAGCUGCCUCGACAGCAGCAAACUGAAUGGGAGUAAGCUGCCCCUGGCGUCAUUCCUAGCACAUCAAGAGGACAAUCUGACUAAUGGUCAGGUGGAAAACAGUGGCGAGUAUACUGAUUGUCCUCUACUUCAAGGUAAUAAAGCUCUCGAUGCUACCGUCGAUGAAACCACGAAAGGAAAUAUUUCCAGCUCGGAGAACUCCAGGCUUCACGUGGCCAUCAAAGCUACCGCCGAUCUCAUCAUCAACAACAACAACAACAACAACCGCGUCAUCAUCAUGGUCGAUCCUUCUCACGCUUUCCACAUCGCCGACUACGGCGUCUUCGCAGCCACCAUCGUCAUCUCCAUCGUCAUCGGCAUUUUCUAUGCCUUUUCAGGGGGUCGUCAGCGCACGACGACAGAGUAUCUGGUGGGCGGCCGCAGCAUGCAGUUCAUCCCCGUCGCCAUCUCGCUGAUGGUGUCGUUCGAGUCGUCCAUCAUGAUGCUGGGGUUGCCGGCGGAGAUAUACGUGUAUGGCGCUCAAUGGUGGAUCUGCUACAUCGGCUUCAUGAUCUCCCAGAUCCUCUCCGUCUUCAUCAGUCCCCUUCUGCACCCUCUGAAGAUCACCAGCGCCUACGAAUAUUUACAUCUGCGGUUCAACUCCACCGCCGUCCGCCUACUAGGAACAUUCCUGGGAAUGUUGACUUACACUUGGUAUAUGGGCAUCGUCCUCUUUGGUCCUGUUAUUGCACUGGAAGCAGUCACUGGCUUUCCACAGUGGAGCUCCAUCUUCGUCAUCGCCCUCGUUGCUAUCAUCUACACAUCCAUUGGUGGACUGAAGGCCGUCAUCUGGACGGACGUGUUUCAGAGCUUUGUGAUGUACGCCGGUAUGAUCUCAAUCUGGUCAAGGGUACCAUUGACGUUGGGGGUCCGGCGAAGGUGUGGGACAUCGCGCGAGAGGGAGGACGUCUGCAGUUCUUCAAAUGUCCGUUCCUUUCUUUGGUCCUUCAUUAAAGCAGACCAUGAAGACGUAACGUGGGAGGAGUUCGUGUUCACCUUCUACCCGCAAGACAAAAAGAAAAGCAAAACUCGACAUGAUCAGCGUCACCAUCCCUUUCUUUUCCUGACUUUCACCAUGGCGUGUUACGAGGGGAUCAUUGCUUACUCUUACUACCACGUCAAAGGGUGUGACCCGCUGGGAUCAAAGAAGAUCAAGAAUCCCAAUCAGAUCAUUCCUUUCACGGUGAUGGACAUCUUCCAGAAUAUUCCAGGAAUGCCAGGACUUUUCCUUGCAUCUCUCUUCAGCGCGUCUUUGAGCACCUUGUCGUCAGGACUAAGCAGUCUGUCUGCACUGCUGUGGGCUGACAUUCUCAAACCUCGUGUUGGAAACAUUUCGGAUUUGAAGGCGACAAUCAUCGCCAAAGUUAGCGUCGUCGUCUUCGGCCUCCUGUCGUGCGGUGUUGCUCUCCUUGUCUCGCUCAUCGGGGGUCCUCUCACGCAGAUUUCCGGCAGUUUGCUGUCCUUUGGCGGUCCUCUGACCGGCCUGUUUAUGCUCGGCUGUUUCUGUCCGUGGGCCAACGCCAAGGGUGCUUUCGUUGGCGGCCUCCUCUCCCUCAUCUUCUCGUCGUGGCUGUCUCUGGGAAUGAAUUUCACUAAAAGCAUCAAAGCUGCGCCCUGGCUGCCGCCGGCGUCUAUGGAAUAUUGCUACGUCAACUCCACCAGCAACUUCUCAGCCUUCGCCGAGGGGGGGCCAGGGAGCAGUCGCUAUAAUCUCAGCUUGCAUGGCGGCGUCGAAUUUAGCCAACUGAACUCUUACUUCACUGACUCCAUUUCAACGACAGUGGCGACUGAUGAAAUCCUCCCUGGCCCACAAGGGAUAGAGAAAAUGUACACCGUGUCUUACAUGUGGCUGGCUUCGAUUGGUAUCUUCUUCACCAUCAUAGCAGGCAGCAUCGUCAGCUUCCUCACAGGAGGCAACAAACCCGGAGAGGUUCACCCUCGCUACUUGAUGUCCUUCUUUGACCACCUGUUCUGCUACCUGCCGGAGUCGGUCCGUAAGCACCUGAGGUGUGGCGAGGACUACACCACCGCCGAUAUGACUGAUUAUCAGCCGCCAACAAAAGUCAUCAUUAUGGACACGGAGAUCAUCAUCACCCCGGACAACAACGACGAUAAGGCAAACGAGAAAGAAACGAUGCUUUCAGGCGGCGGUCUUGACCCAGCAGAUGACAUCGGGGACAACUCCAGCUGCCUCGACAGCGGCAAACUGAAUGGGAGUAAGCUGCCCCUGGCGUCAUUCCUAGCACAUCAAGAGGACAAUCUGACUAAUGGUCAGGUGGAAAACAGUGGCGAACAUACUGAUGGUCAUCCACUUCUAGGCUCCUGCUCUAUUUUGCUAAACUUUUCUUCCCUUACAUCUCAGUCAGACUACCCUGCUGAUGACUGUAUACCACCAGAACAACCACACGUGGACACCGGAUUUUGA